GUUUACUGUACGUGUGUGUGUGUGUUCAUAUUUGACAGUGGUCUUUAUCAGUGAGUGCCAGCUGGCUCAAACACACGCACUUGGCCUCUCAGAGCGGCUGCAAGUAACACAGUCCUUUCCUGAAGACACUGCUGAAGCGACUGGUAACCAUGAAGGGGCUUCUGCUCCUGUGUCUGCUCUUCCUGUUCGGGGGUCAAAGGUCAUCAGCGUGCCCCCACCUUUGCUCCUGUCACGGCACUCAGGUGAACUGCAGCAGCAGGUCUCUCAGCUCCUCCUCGCUGCCCACCAGUUUCCCCACUGGGACCACCGAGCUCCGUCUCCACGACAACCAGCUCACCAGCCUCCCUAAUGGGCUCCUGGAUGACCUGACCUCCCUCCGCUCUGUCUCCCUUCAAGGUAACCCCUGGGUGUGUGACUGCGGCGUCCUCUACCUGCGAGCCUGGCUGCUGCGUCAGCCUGCCGCCCUCAAGUCACACCUGGGGGUCAACUGCAACUCCCCUCCGGGCCUCAGGGGGCGGCUGGUGGUGUAUUUAACCGAGCAGGAGGUCCUGGACUCCUGCCACUACUGGUACUGUGACCUGGCUCUGGCCUCACAGGUGUGCCUGUUUGUGUUUGUGCUGGUGCAGGCGGCUCUGCUGGUGGCUCUCCUCGUGUUCCUGAAGAGGUUCCAGAGGCUGUCCAAAGAGGCGAGGAGGACCACAGAGGAGAGCUUCACAGCUGGGGAGGGUCUGAGGGAGAAUGAUUACACGCCUUUAAAAGACAGCAGCACCUGAUGGAGCUGUGAUGUGUGAUUGUUAGAUACAAAAGAGGGAAAAGAGCUGUUUAUUAUGUGGAGAGAAAAUGUCUCUCAAAGGCUUUUGUGCUGAUGAUUCUAAAGAUGUUUUUUUAUGCACAAGCAGGUGACAAAUUAAAGGAAACCCCGGAAUAAAUGAGUGGAGAAACAAAAACAAAUGAAAAUGCUUCCAUACAGGACACAAGGGGAGCGUCUGAUAAGUAUGAAAAUAAUGAGUCAUCAUGUUCGUCACUAGAGCUCAGUUACAAUGAGAUUGAGGACAACACUGAAGCUGUUCUGGAAGCUUGUGUCUGUUUUUCCUUUAAUUUGUCACCCAUCUGUGUGUCCAAAGACCAUCAUAAACCAACAUAAAACACUGUAUACCACUGUAGAAUAGAUUUAAUGAGUCUGCACUAUUGAAACUAUGUAAACUACUAUGAACAUAUUAGUAGCAUUUCUGUACUGCUUUUCUUUGUUACUCACCAGCCACAUGUUGUAUAUAAUAAUAAAGAUCACAUGAAUAAAUUAUAGUUUUCUAUCAAAAGUUUGACAUUUUAACAACACAGCCUUAAACAAAACACAUGUGGCUUAAACAUCAGAUUACAAUUUUCUAUUUUCUUGAGGUUGAAACUGAUAAAUAAAAAUUUCUGUGUUUAUAAAAGUUUACCUUACCCCUGUUGAGCACCUUGAAAUGUUUUAUUUGUGGACUUGAAUGAAAGUACUUCAUCAAUUACUGAUAAAGCAUUUAUAUCGUGUGUGGUGAUAUCUGUCUUUAUAAUUGCUUCAUAUUUUAACUUUUAUUACAGGUGUAGUGAUUUGCCAUUUUGCAUUUGUAUAUUGUGCAAUUUGUUAAUGAUUGUGCCCUUAUGUCAUGUUUUAGAUAUUUCUUUAGGAACUUUAUUCUGAUACUUUAAACACAAAAUAAAUGUUACAGAUGUAAUUAAAA